AUGCACAUUUCCCCUUUCACACCUUGCCUCACAUUUUCUGCAUGCCGGUUGACACACAAGCACACACACACGCAUCUUGGCGUCACGGUAACCACACUUUGGUCCUCUUCCGCCCGAGCUCAGCAACCGGCUGUUGCAAAGUUCGCCCCAUUCACACACACAAACCGUCCCUGUGCCUCUAUUCCCUCCCUUCCCCCGUUUCAACCGGACCAGAUCGACUCAUGUUGUUCUGACGACGGCAAGCGGUUAUUUUCGUGA